AUGCAAUCCUUGACCUCCAAGGGUUACGUCAAGACUCAGUUCUCAUGGCAAUACUACUACUACACCUUGACUGAUGAAGGUUUGACAUACUUGCGUGAGUACUUGAACAUUCCAGAAGGUAUUGUUCCAAAGACUCAAUUGGCCCCAGUUGCCGAGAGAGCCCAAAGAUCAGCUCCAAGACAGGGUGGUAACGGUGAAGGUUACAGAAGAAGAUUUAACCGUGAUUAG